AUGUCUCAGUAAAGAAGACCAAGUAGUUAACAGAAAAUGUAAUAGAAUAUUACCUAAUCAAUUAACAAUUUGAAGACUCAACUAUAGUAAUAGAAAUAACACAGAUGGUCAGAACAAAAAAUGAAUAAAGAACUUUUCGAUUUUUUAUUAUAAAUAAAUUUGCAGCAAUAUUACGCAAAAAUAGCAUAGCACUGUGACGGGAGUUUAUAGUAACUGAUUGAUAUGAAAUCAACGAAAGAUAUAAAGGAUUUACCAUUUGGAUAUCAGAUUAAAUUAUAGAAAGCGAUUGAGAAGAUGUCUAAAGAAACAGGAAAUAAAAUACCCAAAAUAGAAUAGAAAUUGCAAAAUGAUCAAAAAGAAUGUUGUUGGAUUUGCUUUUAAUUGAUAUUUGAAAGCAUAGAUUGUUAUGGAAAGAAAAUGUGUUCUGAUAAAUGCAAACAAGUGUAUUUGAAAGAGAUAUAAAUAAAUUGUAAGAGAUGUGGAAAAGUGAAAACCAAAUACGAUGCAAUUAAUUCAUAUGGAGAAUGGUAUUGUUAAUAGGAAUGUGCUUAUACUGAAGAGGAAUUAAUGUUUCUAUUAAUGAAGUCAAGUUAACUGAAGAAAUGA